GGGAUGAAAAUGAAUUACUUGGUCUAAUGAUACAGUUAAAUGAAAGAAUUUGCAAUGAAGAUCUUGUAACUGAUGGGUAAAACUGUAAAUUUGAAAACCUUGAAAGGAUAAAACUAUAUAAAAGAUUUCAUGAGAGCAGAUUCAAAGCGGGGUUAUUGGUGCUAGAUGGUGUAAAUUCAGAAGAGAUAAUUGAAGCUUUGAAUAUCGGGUGUAAAACAUUAGUUACAACACAUGAUGAAAAUGUCAUGAACAAGCAAGGCAAUCGCUACAAAGCAAUAAAAGUGAAUGAAGGCUUUACUGAAGAAGAAAGUUUGUUUCAUCUCGCUUCAUGUGUAGGCUUAUCUGUGGAGAAUCUGCCUAGUCAAGCAAAACUAAUACACUUAAACGGAAAAGGUCACCCUCUGGUAAUGUCACUUAUUGGGGCACAUCUUGAAGAUCAACAAGAGGAAGCUAGAAAUAAUCAAAAGCCUUGGAAGUCUUGCUUGGAUGUAUUAAUUAACAAGGACUAUGGAAACUUGAAGAGACAAAGCUAUGGAGGUGUUAAAGUUAUGCCAAAUACAAUUGAUUUAUGUAUAAAUAACUUAGCUCCAGAAAAACAAAAUAAAUAUCAAGAUUUUGCUCUUUUUGUUGAAGAUGUCAACAUAAAAACUGAAGUUCUUGAAAUCUUAUGGGGGCUGUCAAGUUUUGAAGUAACCAAAUUGAUGGAUGAGUUUCUCACUAAAUCACUUGUUGUACGAAAAUACAACACUGGCAAAAAGUACUACGUCUAUGCUGUUCAUGAUCUUUUACUUUAUCACCUCAAGAAGCCAUUAGAGAAAGAAGACAAACUUAAGGACCUGCAUUUGAAAUUAAUUUCUCGUUAUGAAGAAUCAUGCAAUGGCAAUCUGGCAUGUUUGCCAAAAAGUGAUAACUACAUCUGGUAUUAUAUAGGUUAUCACAUUGCCAACUCAAGAAAUUACAGUCUGUUCUUAAAAUGGUAUUUUAAUUUGGACUUUGUUGAAGCAAAAUUGAAAGUAACUGGACUAGCAGAUCUGUUAACAGAUUACAAACGAUAUAGCCAUUUGUUUACCAUCGGAAAGUCGCAGGAUGAGUCAUCAGAGAUCUUAAAACAGCUGUCAGACUUUGUAAUAUUUGUGGAAUCGUAUGGAGUAGACGUGCGCAGGAACCAUGGACCUGAUAUUGUGCAGUGUGCGUUACAAGAGCCCCAUGAUAGUGAAGUGUACAAGAUAGCUGUCAGUCAGGUCCAGCGUAGACCCAACUCUGCUUAUCUUCGCUUCCAACAAGGUCUGAGAGGUGGUACUCUUGUGAACUUGCCAUUGCAGUUGGGGCCUUCAAAGAAUAGAUCAAUUCCCUCCACAAUACAAACCAAAGAACGAGUUUCUGCUGCUUGUUUUUUAAAGAACAACAGUGAUGUUCUCGUUGCUUUAGAAUCAGGAAACAUUGAGGUAAGUACAAAAACAUUAAAGUUUUGUUGUUUACCUGUAAAGUUUGUUGGUGAGGGAUUAUUAGACAGGUAGCAAUGUUUGAUUUUU